UGUAUACACAAAAAGAUCACGUCAUUUUCUAAUUAUUGAAAUAACCUUGGAAUUUCAGUGUUUUUCGUUGUUUUGAAUGUCGUCAUCACUGAUUCAUGCACCAAAACUGAAAUUACUUCAAUUUGAUAAGCAUUAAAGCGGAGGGAAAAAAUAAUAUGGCAAAUUCAAGUACAUUACAAAAAGCCAUUGAUUUAGUGACAAAAGCCACCGAAGAAGAUAAAAACAAAAACUAUGCUGAAGCGCUAAGAUUGUAUGAGCAUGGUGUAGAGUAUUUUUUACAUGCAAUUAAAUACGAAGCGCAGGGCGACAAAGCAAAGGAUUCAAUACGUGCUAAAUGCUUACAGUAUUUAGAUCGUGCCGAAAAAUUAAAAGAGUAUUUGAAAAAGGGUAAAAAGAAGCCAGUUAAAGAUGGUGAUACUGGCGCUUCCAAAGAUGAAAAGAAAAGCGGCGAUGAAGGAUCUGACUCGGAUGAUCCGGAGAAGAAAAAAAUGCAAAAUAAAUUAGAAGGCGCCAUUGUCAUGGAAAAACCAAAUAUAAAAUGGUCGGAUGUGGCUGGUUUAGAGGGCGCUAAGGAGGCACUUAAAGAAGCAGUCAUUUUGCCGAUUAAAUUUCCACAUUUGUUCACUGGCAAACGCAUUCCAUGGAAGGGUAUUUUAUUGUUUGGUCCUCCAGGAACGGGUAAAUCAUAUUUAGCUAAAGCUGUUGCCACUGAAGCGAACAAUUCAACAUUUUUCUCCGUGUCCAGUUCGGAUUUGGUUUCAAAGUGGUUGGGUGAAUCGGAGAAAUUGGUGAAAAAUCUGUUUGAAUUGGCACGCCAGCAUAAACCAAGCAUUAUUUUUAUUGAUGAGGUUGAUUCAUUAUGUUCAUCGCGUUCGGAUAACGAAAGUGAAAGUGCACGUCGUAUCAAGACCGAAUUUCUUGUGCAAAUGCAAGGCGUCGGCAACGAUAUGGAUGGCAUUCUGGUGCUUGGCGCCACGAAUAUUCCAUGGGUUUUAGAUUCGGCCAUUCGGCGACGUUUCGAAAAACGAAUCUUUAUACCACUGCCGGAAGAGCACGCCCGAUUAACCAUGUUCAAAAUUCAUUUGGGCAGCACAUCGCAUGUCCUUUCCGAAGAAAAUUUAAAAGAAUUGGCUAAAAAUACCGAGGGUUAUUCGGGUGCCGAUAUUUCGAUUGUAGUACGUGAUGCUCUCAUGCAACCAGUGCGAAAAGUACAAACGGCCACACAUUUUAAGACCGUUCGAGGCCCAUCGCCUUUAGAUAAAAACACAAUUGUUGAUGAUCUAGUUACACCAUGCUCGCCCGGUGAUCCAGGCGCGUUUGAAAUGACAUGGAUGGAUGUGCCUGGUGAAAAACUAUUUGAACCGCCCGUAACAAUGAGCGAUAUGUUCAAAUCUUUGUCAAGUACCAAGCCGACCGUUAAUGAUGAGGAUUUGAAGAAGCUGCAGAAAUUCACAGACGAUUUCGGACAAGAAGGUUAAAAUCUGUUCAACACCAACAGCUUGCAACCAGUUUCAGGCUUUGCGAUCUUAUGUCGCCGUAUCACAUUAUUUUCGUUUUAAAUACAAAUAAAUAAUUUUAUAUAUGUAUUUUAUUUCUGCUAUUUCCCAUAUUGUUUCAAAUAUUUCACUAUAAAUUCAAAUGAACAAAUAAAGCGACAUCAAUAUAAACUUAA